AUGGAAAGAAAUAGUAUUCUUAGGGUGCGUUUGAGGAUGCUAAUCAUGCUAGCUUGCGUUGCUACAAUCAAAGCCACUGAAGCAGACAUCAGUUGCCUAAGAUCUAUCAAGGAAUCGCUAGAAGACCCUUCACAUAUAUUUUCUAGCUGGGAUUUUAACCACAUGUACGAAGGUUUCAUCUGCACUUUUGCUGGUGUUGAAUGUUGGCAUGAUGAUAACAUAGUUAUUAGCAUUCAUCUAGCAGGCAAGAAACUCAGAGGAUCGUUUCCAAUUGGUAUAAAAAACUGCACCAACAUGGCGACUUUAGAUCUUUCCAACAACUACAUCUCUGGACCCAUUCCUUCUGAUCUUGGUGAUGGUUUAGAUUUCAUUGUAGAUCUCAAUCUCUCCAACAACAGUCUCUCAGGCCCAAUUCCUCGUAGUAUUGUGAAUUGGAGGUAUAUCAAUGUUUUGAGGCUUGACAACAAUAACCUAACAGGCCAGAUCCCUUCAGAUUUGACUGGACUUGAUCGAAUCAAGGUGUUUAAUGUCACCAACAAUAGAUUAUCAGGACCAGUUCCCAUAUUUUCAAAUGGUGAUUUCUCUGCAGAAAGCUAUGGAAACAACCUAGAACUUUGUGGGGGUCCCUUGAAGGCUUGCAAGGAUGAUAAACAUGAUGAUGAAGGUCACCACAAAACGAAGCAGUUGGUCAACGCAAUCAAGGUCAACCCUACAACAACUACUCAGGCAGAGGUACAGGCACUUGUGGGCGAAGCUUUACUGGUCAAGGACGUGGCAAAAGCUUCAGGGGACGUGGCGAUCGUGGCCACCAAAAAUGGAACCAAGGAAAUCAAUGGCAGCAACAAGGAUAGAAUGGAUCGCAAUCAUGGUAUCCACCUCCAUCACCAUACCUUUCUCAUGGACCACAUUAAUCCACAAAUCACAGGGCUAAUCACACCUACGGGCCCAGUCAAUAUUCUGGACCCACAACAUAACAGGGACCAAUUGGACCUCCGAUACAGCCAUCAGGUCCGACGCCUACUCCCACUACUCAAUUUGUUGGUUAUUCUGGCUACAGUCCGUCAGAUUUAG